ACCAGUCUGUUUUUGCAAUUUUGCAAUACUUGCUGUUUCAAUGGCGAUGAAAAGACUCUUAUAAAUUGAUUCUCCCCUUACUUCUCUCUUUCUACCCCUCCCUUCAAACUCUCACCACUCAAACCACCACAACCACCAAAAUGAGCUCAACCACCCCCCCACCAGAGAAAAAACAACUCAUCCUCAAUGCCUUCGCCAUGCACUCCCCCUGCCACCUGAACCCGGGCCUGCACCGAUACCCCGCCGACCAAGGCCGGAACUACACCUCCCUAACACACUGGACCAAACUGGCCCAGAAACUCGAGGCCGCCAAAUUCCACGCCAUCUUCUUCGCGGACGUGUUGGGCGGGUACGACGUGUACAAAGGCCCCGCGAACCUCGACCCUACCAUUCCCGCGGGGGCGCAAUUCCCUAUUAAUGAUCCGCUAUAUAGCAUCCCUGCGCUGGCGGCAGCCACAGAGACGAUUGCGUUUGGCGUGACCGCGUCCACGACAUAUGAUCCGCCGUACGCGAUGGCGAGACGGUUCUCGACGGUCGAUCAUCUGAGUAAUGGACGCGUGGGAUGGAACAUUGUUACCUCGUAUCUGGAAUCCGCGGCGCGGAAUUACGGACUCGACACCCAGAUCGAGCAUGACGAGCGGUAUCGCAUCGCGGAUGAGUAUCUGGACGUGGUGUAUAAGUUAUGGGAGGGGUCGUGGCGGGAUGGCGCGGUGAAUGUCCACCCCGAUGGGGUGACGGGAUAUGCGGAUCCGAAGGGCGUCAGGCAGAUUCAUCAUAGGGGCAAGUAUUUUAAUGUGCCGGGUCCGCAUCUGUGUGAGCCGAGUGCGCAGCGGACGCCGUUUCUAUUGCAGGCGGGCACGUCGAGUGCCGGGAAGGCGUUCGCGGCGAAGCAUGCCGAGGCGAUCUUUCUCAAUGGGCAGACGCCCGAGUUGGUGAGGCCGUCGGUGGAUAGUGUGCGGGAGCAGGCGAGGGGGGUGGGGCGGGAUCCGAAGAGUAUUAAGAUUGUGGCGGGGGUGUUGGUGAUUGUGGGGGCGACGGAUGAGGAGGCGAGGGGGAAGUUUGAGGAGUAUGCGCGGUAUGGCGAUCGGGAGGGGGCGUUGGCGUUGUUUGGGGGGUGGUCCGGGUAUGAUUUAUCGACGUAUGAUGAUGAGCAGGAUUUUCGGUUUGUCGAACAGCCGGCCGUGCGGAGUAUGGUGAAUCAUUGGGCCAGUACGGUGCCGGGGAUGGAGGGGAAGAAGUGGAAUAAGAAGACCAUUGCGGAGUAUUUGAUCCUCGGGGGCAAUGGGUGCAAGAUUAUCGGGGGCCCGAAGACAGUGGCGGAUGAGUUGGAGCGCUGGGUGGAGGUGGCGGAUGUCGAUGGGUUUAAUCUGAGUUAUGCCAGUGUGCCCGAGACGUUUGAGGAUAUUAUUGAAUAUCUGGUGCCGGAGUUGCAGCGUCGGGGGAUCUUUCAUACGGAGUAUGCCGUGAAGGGGGGGACCAUGCGGGAGAAUAUGACGGGCAAAAGUGGGCAGACGAGACUGGAUGAGUCGCAUCCGGGGGCGAAAUUCUUCCACAGAUCGACCCACAUUAGUCCUCAACGAUCGAUCGUAGCGAAACAGGAUGAACGAGACGAGCAGCGACAGCGCAAUGAAGAAUGCCAUGACGAGCGGAAAGAUGAAGAACGUGAUGAGCAGCGAUUGCAGGAGGAAGCGUUCGAUGUGGAGAGACAGGUCACGGACGGUCGAGACCAGUCCCCAUUUUCCGGCAACUAUGCAAAUUAG